AACCAACCCCUUGCCUCUUCCUUUUAAGAUCACAGCUCACGUGACCACCCACCUCUCUGUUGAAUUUUCCUCCUCUUCUCGCCUCUCGGUCUCCGCCAUGACCAAACCUCCGUUCGUUUUCGCUUCCUCAGAUUCGUGCCUUUGAUUUUCGGAUCUGACUUCUGCGCUCCCAAUGGCUUCAAGGAACCGGACUAUUAUUUUCAGAAGGUACAGGGAUGCGUUGAAGAGCGUCAGGGUUCCAGCGAGCUCUUCGCCGGCCUCUUCAUCGACGACCUCCGCUGGCGGUCCUGUGAUUGAGCUGGUCAGCACCUCUCUUAUCAAUCCGAAUCGGUCCUAUGCUCCGCUUAGCACUGAGGAUCCGGGUAAUUCGAGUAAGGGUGCACUUACUGUGGGUCUACCUCCAGCUUGGGUCGAUGUUUCUGAAGAAAUAGCAACAAAUGUCCAGCGUGCACGGACUAGAAUGGCUGAGUUAGCCAAGGCUCAUGCAAAGGCUUUGAUGCCUUCAUUUGGAGAUGGUAAAGAAGAUCAACGUUUGAUCGAGUCUCUUUCACAAGAGAUCACUGGAUUGAUUAAGAGAUCAGAGAAGAAACUACAGAGGCUUUCGGCAGCUGGACCUUCUGAGGAUUCAAAUGUUAGAAAGAACGUACAGCGCUCUCUUGCCACAGACCUUCAGAACCUUUCAAUGGAGCUUCGCAAGAAACAGUCGACUUAUUUGAAGCGCCUCAGGCAGCAAAAGGAGGGUCAAGAUGGUGUUGAUUUAGAGAUGAAUCUAAAUGGAAAUAGAUCUAAAAUGGAAGACGAUGAUUUGGACAACAUGGUGUUUAAUGAGCAUCAAAUGGCCAAGCUCAAAAAAAGUGAGGCUUUCACAGCAGAAAGAGAGAGAGAGAUCCAACAGGUUGUGGAAUCCGUCAAUGAGCUUGCUCAAAUUAUGAAGGAUUUGUCGGUACUUGUGAUAGAUCAGGGCACCAUUGUUGACAGAAUAGACUAUAACAUUCAGAAUGUGGCAACUACUGUCGAGGAGGGGCUAAAGCAGCUGCAGAAGGCAGAGAGAACGCAGAAACACGGAGGGAUGGUGAGGUGUGCUACAGUGCUCAUAAUCAUGUGCUUUAUCAUGUUGGUUCUGCUAAUCCUAAAGGAGAUAUUUUUGUGAUCUUUGAGCACUGUUAUCUCCAGAUUUUGCUUUCAUUCAUAUUCUGACCCUCCCCUGAGACUCAUGACACGCUCAGACAUGGUGAUGCUGUAUACCUGUGAGGAUGUCAUUUGGGUUUUGAACGGCCCCAGUAUACCUGAUAUAGAGAUUACCUAUUUAUUUGUUCCAUUUCAUUUUCCUGGUUUUUGGGGAGGGAAAAGUAGAGUAGGAUGGAUUGGGUUCUGUAGUGGAUCUGCCCAGGAAAUGUAUAGAGCUGUUGUUGAAAAAUUUUUGUUCCUUUGAAAAGGGUGUUGGCGAAUGGACCUCUUAUUGAUUAUUUUGAAUACAUGGAGAGUGGUGGUUAGGUUC